UGUAUCCAUCUAUCUAGCUAUUAUUGAUGCUAUUGCCACCAUAACACAAAACCAACAACCAACACCUAGACCAAACUUGCCCGCCGUCGGAGCCACGAUGAGCGCCGUGUGCUUUUUCUUGGCGUGCCUGGCGGCAGCUCUGCAGCCAACGUCGGCCACCGAGGCUGGAAGCGGUGGGAUCUUGCAUAUCCCUUCCGCCGCCGACCUGGCUCGGGCUCGCUGCCCUUCCAGAUGCGGUAGUGUUGCCAUUCACUACCCAUUUGGGGUAGGGCCGGGCUGCUUCCGGCAAGGCUUCGAGCUCACCUGCAACAGCACCGCUGGUCAUAAGAGGCUCUUUCUGGGCAACAGUACCACUGAGGUCCUUGCCAUAAAUCCCCGAGGAGAUCUACUUCAAGUCUCUCCUAUCCACUUCAACGUCACCAUGAAACCAGCUGGAGGCUAUUCGUGUCGGUGCCCCAGUUACGCAGAUGAUGAGAAUCCGUACAUUAUGGACGGCUGUCAAGCAAGUUACACACCCAAUCCUAAAGAAGGUUGCAAGAGAUUAUGCGGGAACACAAACAUUCCCUUUCCUUUUGGGCUUGAAAAAGAUUGCUAUGCUGCCGAAAAGUUUCGGCUUAAUUGUACAUCAGAAAACAUCACAAUUCUUGAUCGAAGUGCCAAAUACAUUGUGGCCAACAUUUUAGUGAAUGAAGGAUAUCUUACUGUUAGAGAAAUACAAAACAACUCAAGGUACAGCGAUGAAGAUCUUGUGAUAGUAAGUUAUACAAGCGAUGGGCGCGUGGUACUAGAUGACAUCGUCGAUCGAUAUGGUUUUUAUUUAUCUGAAGAAUACGGCAUGAAGAUGUGGUGGUCUAUCGAUAAUUUAACCUGUCCGGUUGAUAUGAGCAAGCAAAGAAGUGCUACGUACGCAUGCCGCAGUGUCAAUAGCGCCUGCAUUCCUGUCACCCGCCGCCAUGGGAAUGAGACGAAGCAGCUCGGCUAUCGUUGCCAGUGCUCUCCCAAUUACGAGGGAAAUCCAUACACACCGGAUGGCUGCACAGAUGUCAACGAGUGUUUGUUGAUGAAUACUUGCAAUGGCACAUGCAAAAAUUAUCCUGGGGGCUAUAGUUGCAACACCUGCACUCAUGGAAAAGAGUUUGAUCCAAUAAAAAGGAGAUGUGUCACAUCAGCAAAGAGACGCAGUCUUCUCUUAGGUAUUGGAAUUGGAAUUAGUUGUGGUCUUGGUGCCAUAAUACUUGGGCUAGGUAUAGUGGCAUUCAUCAGUAAGUGGAAGAGAGGUAUACAGAAGAGAAUACGAAGAGCAUACUUCAAGAAAAAUCAAGGCCUACUCUUGGAACAACUAAUAUCAGAUGAAAGUGCCACUGAUAAAAUGAAGAUAUUCUCCUUGGAGGAAUUAAAUAAAGCAACCAAUAACUUUGAUGUCAGUCGUGUUCUUGGCCGUGGAGGACAUGGCACUGUUUACAAAGGAAUUCUAUCUGAUCAACGUGUAGUGGCUAUCAAAAAGUCAAAGCUAGUGGAGCAAACUGAGAUUGACCAGUUUAUCAAUGAGGUUGCCAUCUUAUCACAGAUCAUUCACCGGAAUGUGGUCAAGCUUUUUGGUUGUUGUCUUGAAACAGAGGUGCCUUUGUUGGUCUAUGAGUUCAUAUCCAAUGGCACACUAUAUGAUCUUCUUCACAUCGAUGUAAGUGUUAAAUGCUUACUUUUAUGGGAUGAUCGUAUUAGGAUCGCAACAGAAGCUGCAGGUGCUCUUUCUUAUCUCCACUCAGCUGCUGCGAUACCAAUUUUCCAUAGAGAUGUGAAAUCUUCCAAUAUACUCCUAGAUGGCAACUUUACUACCAAGGUUUCUGACUUUGGUGCUUCGAGGUCUUUAUCACUUGAUCAGACACAUGUAGUGACAAUUGUACAAGGAACUUUUGGUUACUUAGACCCCGAGUACUACCACACCGGGGAGCUAAGUGAGAAGAGUGAUGUUUAUAGCUUUGGAAUUAUACUGGUGGAGCUUCUGAUGAGAAAAAAGCCAAUUUUUAUUAAUGAACAAGGUAUGAAACAAAGCUUGGCUCAUUACUUUGUGGAAGGCCUUCAGCAGGGAGUUCUCAUGGAAAUCAUGGAUCCCCAAGUUGCAGAAGAAGCGAACCAGAAUGAAAUUGAUGACAUUGCCUCAGUUGCGGAAGCAUGCUUGAAAACCAAAGGAAAAGAAAGACCUACCAUGAAAGAGGUAGAAAUGAAGUUGCAACUCCUAAAAACUAGAAGGUUAAGAAGUCAACUUCCUCGCAUAAAUGAUGGAGAGAUCGAGUCACUUGGGUGCUUAAAUGGCACUAGCUCUCAUGCACAGAGCAACAGCAUUGUCAGUAAUGUUGGCUUAACACCUACAUGCAGCUCCGGAAAGUAUAGUCUGGAGCAAGAGUUUUUGGACUCGGCCAGCUUGCCACGCUAGCGAAGCACACAGUGGGAUGAUCGUCUGCUUACUAUGAUUCUCCGGUGCAUGUCAGUUACCCUACACGUGCUUAUAUAUAGAAAAACUAUGUAAUGUACUACGUAGUUUCUUUUAGUGGGAGUAUGCCAUGUAAAUUCCUGAAUUGUGUUUGUAGCCUAUCUUAUGUGUGUAAUUUCUUUAGAAGACAACUCGUUGCAAUUAAGCUACGGUGAUGAAUAAAGGUAUUUCACCGUGUUUUUUUGUUUGAACAGAAAAAA